AUGCCUGGUGUGGUCAGGGGUCAUCAAAGGGCAGCUGUCUGCUAUAAAGGGGCCUGUCUGCUGUUCUGUCCGCACAUCACUUCACCCUUAGACCAGCUGAGGAAAGGAAGGAAGGAAGAAGACCUUAACCUCUUGCAGUGUCACUGUAAAAUGGUUUUCUACGUGCUUUUUUUGUCCUGUUUUGCCCUGGUCGUGUCUACGCAGAGGCCCGAGUCUCACGCGAGCAGCGCAGCGCUGGCGAAUGUUUCCCUUCGCCCUCGCGGCCGGUUCCCUCCGUACAUGAUGCAACUGUAUCGCUCGUUCAGGGCGGCCGACGUCGACUCCGGUGGCAGUCGGCCCGCGCGAGAAUCCGACUCUAUCCUCAGUCUUGUGGCGAAAGGGUUCCAUCAAGUGGGCGACAGACGGACGGUUACAUUUGACAUGUCGUCCGUUUCCGCCAGCGACAGAGUCCAGCGAGCAGAGCUCCGCAUCCGGCUGCCGGGCCAGAAUUCCCACAAGCGGGCCGUUGUGGAUUUGUAUCACUCCCGACACUGCGAGCGCGAGGAGGGCCCGUCGUGCCAGGACGAGCGUCUUCUCCUGGGCAGCGUCAGUGCGUCAGCCAGCAAGUCUUCAUGGAAGCUUUUUAACGUGACCGCUCUUUUGAGGUAUUGGCUCUACCAAGGAGACGGAGUGUCGGGUCAGGAGGCCUCAGGAGAGCCUGAACCCGAGUUCGGGAGCGGUUCUGCGCAUUAUGGGGCGAUACCCAGCAAGGUCGUCUUCAAGAAUCCAGGAAGGCAAAGUCGUCCGACCGCUAUUCGGGCAAUAAUGGUGAUAUUCUUUAAACACGACCUCCCUCGGGAGGCUCACUCAGAGUACAGCCUCAUACACACGGUGGAAAACUCCAAGUACGCCGGCAUGGAGCGAAGCGGCGUCGAGGGCCAAAGUCGGCGCCACAAAAGGAACAGGAUGGAGAGGGCGAUGGUGCCGGCCGGCCCCGCGCCCACCGCCGCACCGGAGGGCGCUCAAGGGCCCCGCUGUAGCAAAGUGGACAUGUGGGUGGACUUCGACCUCAUCGGCUGGGACGAGUGGAUUGUGCAUCCGAAACGCUUCAACGCUUAUCGCUGCGAGGGGGAGUGUCCCACACCGUUGGACGAUUCCUUCAACCCCACCAACCACGCGUACAUGCAAAGCCUUUUGAAGUACCACCACCCAGAGCGGGUGAGCUGCCCGUCCUGUGUGCCGACGCGCCUCGGCCCCCUGUCCAUGUUGUAUUACGAGAACGACGACUUGACCCUGCGUCAUCACGAGGACAUGAUCGUUGAAGAGUGCGGCUGUCACUGA